CUGACCCCGCCGCCCGUCCCUCUGUUGCAGAUGAGUCGCUCCGGUCGAACCGCACGAUAUCGCACUGAGAGGCGGUGAGCCAUGGGGGAGAACAGCCCUGAGGGCAACGUUAUCUACUAUGAAGUGGAGGACGACGACUUAACCCAGGAUGGCAAUAUGAUGAGGUUUGCUGAUAAAAACGGGCUGGUUUCUUCAUCGUCUGGGACGGUCUACGACAGGACGACUGUGCUGAUAGAGCAGGACCACAGCGUGCUGGAAGACGAUGAGGAUGAGGGACAGUGUGGUGAUCACUUGCCUUUCUUACCAGAGGGUCAUGAAGAAGGAUUUCAUUUAAUUGCAGAUCAUGAAGGAAUGUCCCAGGGUUACGUGCAACACAUUAUUUCUCCAGAUCAGAUCCACCUAACGAUAAAUCCUGGUUCAACUCCUAUGCCAAGAAAUAUUGAAGGAGCAACGCUCACUUUGCAGUCUGAAUGCCCAGAAACUAAGCUUAAAGAAGUUAAGAGAUACCAGUGCACCUUCGAGGGCUGCCCGCGCACCUACAGCACUGCCGGAAACCUGCGCACCCACCAGAAGACACACCGAGGGGAGUACACUUUUGUCUGCAAUCAAGAAGGCUGUGGCAAGGCCUUUCUCACCUCCUACAGCCUCAAGAUCCACGUUCGCGUGCACACUAAGGAAAAGCCGUUUGAGUGUGACGUGCAGGGCUGUGAGAAGGCAUUCAAUACACUGUACAGGUUGAAAGCACAUCAGAGGCUUCACACGGGGAAAACAUUUAACUGUGAAUCAGAAGGCUGCAGUAAAUACUUCACAACGCACAGUGACCUGAGGAAGCACAUUCGUACACACACAGGAGAAAAGCCAUUUCGGUGUGAGCACGACGGCUGUGGGAAGGCUUUUGCUGCAAGCCACCACCUUAAAACACAUGUUAGGACACAUACUGGGGAGAAACCCUUCUUCUGUCCCAGUAACGGCUGUGAGAAGACUUUCAGUACACAGUAUAGUCUCAAGAGUCACAUGAAAGGUCAUGAGAAAGGACAUUCCUAUAAUGCACUUCCCAAUAACAGCGUGUCUGAGGAUACAAGCCACUCACUUUGUCUGAGUGACCUAAGCCUCAUAUCAACAGAUUCAGAACUGCGGGAGAGCUCUAAUCCAACCCACGGACAAGACCUUAGCACAAUCUCACCAGCAAGCAUCUUUGAGUCUAUGUUUCAGAGCCCGGAUCACACUGCAAGUCAGGACGACUCUCAGCAGACAGCUGCCUUGAUUGAAGGUUUUAACGGCGACGCAGACUCGGUCACUGCUGUUCCGCCUUCUGCAGGAGACUCGGCAUCGUUGUCUCUUCCGCUUGUACUGCAGCUUGGCAUCUCUGAGCCUUCGCAUUCAGCACUGCAAGCCUCGGCAGCACCCGCUGCUCCCUCCUCCAUAGGAACCAGCUCACAGCAAGCGGCAUUUGGGAAUCCUGCAACUGUUUUACAAUCCCCAGAAGUGCCUGUUCCUCACAGCACACAGUUUGCAGCCAGUCACCAAGACUUCCUGCAGCACACGCAGACACCGCCACAGCCCAUUGUGCAAGGACUUUCAGUGGUUGCUGGGGCACCUGCCCCAACAGCAUCGAGUGCCACUGAGCCCCUGCCGGCUGUGGUUCAGACUGUGCCUGUUGGUGCGAACUCUGUUCUGACCAGUAACCCAACGAUAACAAUUACUCCUUCUCAGAGCACUGCUAUUCUGCAGUCCAGCAUCGUCAUGGGAGAGCAAAACUUACAAUGGAUCUUAAAUGGUGCCACUGGUUCUUCACAAAGCCAAGAACAAAUGCCACAAGUUCCAAAAGUAGUAGAAAAGGUGUUUUUUACCACUGCGUUACCAGUUGCUGGCAGCACAGGAAGCCCUGUUCAGCAGAUUGGCCUCAGCGUUCCUGUCAUCAUCAUCAAGCAGGAGGAGGCCUGCCAGUGCCAGUGUGCCUGCCGAGACUCUGCCAAGGACAAAGCCACCGUCAAGAAGGAAUGUUCCUCGCCCGACCCAAAAGCUGUGGAGCAGCCAGCUCCUCCCCAGCUGCAGCCUCAGCCCUUUCCCUCCUCUACCCCUUCUCCUUCCUGCGGGCAGAGCAGUCAGGUCGUUAACCCUUCAGACUCACAGCCUGAAACGCUAAGUGCCAUGGAUGUAUCGGACUUCCUGUCCCUCCAAAGCCCUGACACCCCAUCCAAUAUAAUUCCAAUCGAAGCACUACUGCAGGGUGAGGAAGAAAUUGGUUUGAAUAGCAGCUUCUCCAAGUGAAGAUGUUCCAGAUUUUCCUUUGCACCUGGAGGGUAAAACCCUUCUCCUUAGAAGCAGAAACUGAAGGAUCGAUUAUUUUCCCUUCCUCUUUGGAAGUUUUGUGGCUUAUUUCUGCUUCACAGAUGUCAUCUUAGUCACGUCGCAGGUACAUCCAUCUUUGAGAAUCUAUCUAAAAAAAAGAAAAGG